UGGACUGCGUUGACCCUGAGCACUUGCCGUAGAUUUAAUACGUCACAAGUCAAAGUUGAAAUUACUACAAAACAGUGGUCCAGCAUGGAGUCACGAAAAAGAGUUGCUCGUUCUUCAAAAGCAAGCAAAAAGGAUGGGAAAAGUGUCAAAGCACAGACCGCUGCAGAGUUAGCAAGAAGGACCGAGGCCACAAGGGUGACCUUCCGGGAGAGGGUGCAACUGGAGAAGAGGGCGGUACAGGUGGUGGAACGUCUCCUGGACAACAAUGUAAAUGAGGACCUGCUGGUUGAAUGUGCAAGGUUGAUCACUCCUACGCACUAUAAAGACGUAGUUGAGGAGAGGUCUAUCGUGAAGCUCUGUGGUUAUCCUAUCUGUUCAAAUAGACUGGGCAAGGUGCCCACUCAACAGUUUAAAAUAUCCACCAAAACCAAUAAAGUCUAUGACAUAACAGAACGCAAGUGCUUCUGCAGUAACUACUGCUACAAAGCCUCCAAGUCGUUUGAGCUCCAGAUACCAAAGAGCCCUCUAUGGUUGAGAGAGCACGACAGCAUCCCAGAAAUAAAAUUAAUGAAACAUGGCGAUGGCGGUAGCAGUGGAGAGGCGUUGACGCUUGCUGAGAGGCGUCUUCGAGAAGAGGAUGUGGAGAACCCCCUCCCCCUUGGUCCUGUAGCCUCCGAGGACCCGUCGGGGGCCAGGCCCUCCCCUAUUGCCACACGGAGUGACGACAGUGAAACGGAACAGGACUUUGUCUCCAGCAUGGUCUCCCAGCGACAGAGACCCAGGGUGCACUGGGGCGACAUCGACAAGGUGGACGCGGGAGAACCCGGUGAGGGGGAGGAGAUGGAGAGGCGUCCCGCACGGAGGGGCACAACGGAGGAGGACAGGGAGGGCGACGAUACAGCGGAAACCCAGACGGAGGGGAGCGAUCACGUGAGAGAGAAAGGUUCGCCAGAGGGCCAGUCUGUGGAGGAGGUCGUGGAGCUGCUGAACCAUGUCACAGUACAGGAUAGAGACUCAGCCGCCGCACAAAGCGGUGUACCAGACCAUGGUCCCACCCCCAGCCCGCAGGGGGACUCUGGACCGCCCGCCCAGCCUGGCCUCAGCAUCACCCAGGUGGGCAUGAGCAGGAGAGGAGCCCGGGGCCUCCGGGGGCUUCUCACGGGCCUGGAGGCACCACGGAAGCCUGUCUCUGUCCGGUUGAAACGUCUGGAAGAUCUAAGGAGGACUUUUAAGGAAUGGCGUACUGACGAAACUUUGGAGUUCCUAUAUGGCCCGGACCACUUUAGUAAAGUGCCUAUGGAAACAAGGAACAAGAUGGAGGAGCAUGUGGAGCUAGAUGAAGAUGACCUGGAAGACAUUGUAGCAGGUGGAGACACGUUCCCAGGGUGUCCUGGGAGGCCCUCCGCUACGGCCCCUGACUAUGAAACCCUAUGCAGGGAGACCGAGGAGCUGGGCCUAAGAGUCAGGGAGUUCUACAAAGGGACUUUUAUUCUACCUGAAGAAGCCCAGCAGCUGGAAGAGAAACAGGCCCGAGACUUGGAGGACCAGGACGUAAAGGUGCCUUCAUUCCCGCUCAUUGACUCCCGUGCCCAGCGGCUCAUCCAGAAACGCAUUGCAGUGGAGAAGAUCAGUAGAAGCCUGAGAGAUGUUCUGGGCCCUCUGCGUCUGACCAUGGCUGAUAUCUUCAGCGACCUCAACAACCUGGUCAGGACCUUGAGGCUCACAAACACCAACAUCAUCCACAAAGCCCCAGAGUGGACCCUGAUUACUGUGGUGCUCCUCCAUGUGUUAUCAGAGUUGUCCCCGGUGGUGAGGCAAGCCCUGGAGAGCCCGGCUUCAGUGGAGUACCUCUCGGCUCUUAUGCAGGAGCUCCAGCUGCAGGACCUGGACUUCCAAAGCCUAGUGCGGCUAUUCAAAACCCCAGACCACUGAUAUGAGCGCUUGAACAACAUAAAGGUGGAUUGGUGGAUCUGCUUGUUUUUUAACUGCAAGCCUUUUUCUCAACAACAACCCUACAAUCGUUCCUAUCAUAAUGUUUUUGUUUUUAUUGGAACAAUAGCUGAGAAUUAAGAGUAAAAUAAUAUUUACGUCUCCAGGACAUGGCUUGCAAUGCUUAGACAGUGCCUUAAGGAUGUAUUCAGACCCCAUUCACAUUUUCUUGGGUGAUUGACUGUAUUCAUGAUAGACUAAAUAAAAAGGUUGCCAUUAAUCUACACACAAUAUCUGAUAAUGAUGGAGCAAUAACAUGUUUUAGAAAUUGGUGCCAAUUUAUUGAGAAUAAAACAAACAAAUAAAAUCUCAUGUACAUAAGUAUUCAGACUCUAUUAACUACUUUCACAGCUGGGAGUCUUCUUGAGUAUUCUCUACCAGAUUUGCACUCCUGGAUUUUGGCAGUUUCUUCCAUUCUUCCACGAAGGUCCUCUUUGGAUGUUCUCCUCCUCCUCACCAUUAGAUGGUUGUAUUGCUGGCAUGUUUUCCCGUCUCUGCUGUGAAACUCUAAAAAGCACUGUUAGUGGCAAUUGGUUUCUUGAUCAACUCCCUUUCUAAAGCCCUUUUUGCCUGGUUACUUCAUUUUGGCAGAUGAUCAGCUCUAGGCAGAGUCUUGGUGUAUCCAAACGUUUUCCAUUUGUCAAUUAUAAAGCCCACAGCUACUGUAAACUUUCAAAGCUAUUGCGAUUGUUUUAUAACCUUGCCCAGAUCUUUGGCUCUGCAAAAUUCCAUCUAGGAGGUCUACAGAGUUCCUUGGACUUGAGUUCAUGGCUUGUUUGUGCUAUUUUGCCACAUAUUCAUAACAUUUUCUCUUUCUCGGUAUGGGAAACUUUGUGCAAAUAAUGGCGAACAAAUUAAGUCUAUAACAAUGUGGAGAAAGUCUGAAAUCUUCCAAAAGGCACUGUUUAUAAUGCUGUGUAGGUAGACACUUUCAUCGAAUAGCCCUGUUAUAAAAAAUAUAUGAACCGGUUGGUUUGGGGCUGUGGUGCAUUGAUAUUAUACAUAUGGCUAAUUUCUGUGUCCAGACACUCCACAAUGCGUGGUACCUAAGAACAGCACUUAUCCAUGGUGUAUAUAUAUACCACCGCCUCUUGCCUCAUUGCUUAAAUAUUACAAGUUGCAUUGUUUACAGAUUAUGCCAACUUCAUGGAUGCAGUGUUUCUAUGUCUAUCAUAAUGUUCAAGCACAAAUUAACCCUACAGUGAAUCUGUUGAUAAUGUAAAGGCCAAAAUCAUAUCUUCAAAGAUACAAGCCUCUAAUAUUUCACCUCAAUUGCUUUGUUCAAUCAUCAUAUUUUGGUUUUCUGUGGUGUAUCAAAGUAAUGUGUUGUGAGUACUGGAACAUAGAGUGCUGGCAAUAAAAGUGAUGCUGUUUCCUUCAACUUCCUUCACAUUA